GAUUUUUAACAUGGCUAUUGGAGUUGUAGGAUAAUUUUGAAUUUUGUCAUGUAUUGCAGUUGGACCCUAAAUUAUGUGUGAACCUCAUUAUACUGCUUUUAAAAAUACCAUUGAAAUACAUUUUCUGAUUCUGUUUUUCAUCAACAAGAGGGAGUGAUACUAAGCUAAUGUUAUUUGAUUGCCUAAACGAACUAGAGGAAUGAUGCCAUCUCAACUCAAAGUGUUCCAUUUUUGGACAGUUCUUGUUGUCACAACUUUUACAAUGAACAUCCGUGCUCAGCAGCACGGUAAAUGUGAACCAAUAGUUAUACCUUUGUGUAAAGACAUCCCAUAUAACAAGACGAUAAUGCCUAAUGUAUUCCACCACCAGUCACAAGUCGUAGCUGGUUCAGAGAUUGAGCAGUUAUCUCCCUUUCUGGAUGCAAAAUGUAGUCCCCAUUUGAGACUUUUUUUGUGUUCGAUGUAUGUUCCAGUCUGCACGGUUUUGGAAGAACCUAUUCAGCCAUGUCGUUCAUUGUGUGAAAAAGCACAAAAUGGAUGUAAAAAUUUAAUGGAGAAAAUGGGAUUUAUUAUGCCAGCGGCCUUUAACUGUGACAAUUUUCAAACGAGUGGACUGUGUGUUCAUGACGACAAAAAUACGGAACUACUUGCAGAAAGAUCACAGGCAAUUUUCAGACGAACAACUCUUGACCCCUAUCCUGGUUUCUUUCACACCAGAACAACCAGAGCCUGGCAGCAAUCACUCACAAGUACCACAGCAAAAAACUUUAUACCAGAAGGUUGCCAACCAGAUGAGUGGCAAUGUUUAAACAGACGGCAAUGCAUUCCAAAAGCAGCAAGAUGUAAUGACAAUUUUGAUUGUGGUGAUCUCUCAGAUGAACUGAAUUGUAUUGUUCAAACAUUAUGUCCAGAAGGAUUAUUUCGCUGUGGUGAUGGUCAAUGUAUUAGUCAGUCCUUUAAAUGCAAUAAGAAUAAGGAUUGCCCAGACGGUUCUGAUGAAUCUAUUGCCCUCUGUGGGCCAGUUGAAACAGAGGUUGACCUCUUAGCAGCCCUUGGACUGCCAGACUCCAGCAAAGGAGUUACGUAUGACAUUGGACUGGAAGGUUUUCCAGCUUUUAAGUUAGACAAAUCAUCCUAUAUACGAAAAGCUGCUGAAACCUAUUUUACUGACAAAAUCGGCAAAAUAAAUGACUUUGCCAUUGGAAUUACUGUUAAAGUAUUUUCGAGCGAUGGAAUUUUAUUUGCUGUUAAAAAUAUUUAUGAAACUGUGAUAGCUUUUGGUGUUCGGAUUACUGCUACCGGCAACGGAAAACAUAAUGUAGUUUUAUAUUAUAAAGAGGAUCAUCAGUAUGGUCAGAUUUCAGUAGCUAUUGCAAAUUUUACCGUGGACAAUAUUGAUAGAAAUUCAUUUACAAAAUUAGCCAUCAAAGUUCAAGGUGAUACCGUAACGUUAUUUGAUAAUUGUGAAGAAGUUGGACGCCAACAAGUUUUAAAUCGUCAACCUUUACAGUUUAUGACAGGAUCACCUUUAUAUAUAGGUCAAGGUGGACCCAAUUUUGAGGAUACAUCAUUUGAGGGAGUUAUACAAGAACUGAAAUAUUACACAAAUCCCGCAGUAGCUGAGGAAUUAGACUGUUUGAGUUUGGACAGUGGAUCAGGAUCAGGAGAUGAAAGAACAGAUGAUUCUGAUCGUGUAAUUACUCGACCACCACCAACAGCUAAACCAGCAGAGAAAGGAGAAAAGGGAGAUGUUGGGGAACCAGGCAAAGAUGGAAAGGAUGGUAAAGAUGGAGAAAAAGGAGAAAAGGGAGAUGUGGGACCAGUUGGUCCAAUUGGUCCCCCUGGUCCUCCACCAUCACUUACACCACCACCACCAGAGAUGCUGGAAGACAUGAUGGGUGCUAAAGGUGAGAGAGGAGAAACUGGUCCAAGGGGAGAACAAGGAGAGACUGGAGUUGAUGGAUUCCCAGGUCAGAAAGGAGAACAAGGAGCUACAGGAAAUAAUGGUCCAGAAGGUCCAGCUGGAAUCCAAGGUCCAAAGGGAGAUCCAGGGGAUAGGGGAUUGCCAGGAAUUGGGCAAGUUGGACCUCAAGGUGACCCUGGUUUGCCUGCUGCAGUUGACAACGAAGAGAUUGUCAACCUCAUUUUAUCUCGCAUUCACCAGGAUCAAGGACAGAAAGGAGAAAAGGGGGAGACAGGAGAACGAGGAGAAAAUGGUAGUGAUGGAAGCGAUGGAAGAGAAGGUAUCCCUGGAAGAGAUGGUUUGCCAGGACUUGCGGGAUUUAAGGGUGAAAAAGGUGACACUGUUGUUGGACCAGAGGGACCAAGAGGUUUAGUUGGACCACAAGGUGAAAAUGGACUACCAGGAAGUAAUGGAGUAGCAGGACCUGUUGGACCAGCCGGACCUCCUGGACCUCCAGGAAUCCCAGGUUUAGGUGGACUUAAUAUUGAAGGUUCUGGAGAUGGAGAUGGAGAACCUGGACUGCCAGGCCCACCAGGUCCAGUGGGUCCCAUGGGCCCACAAGGAAUACAGGGUGUAGUAGGUCCUAUGGGUCCUGCUGGACAUAAGGGAGAUGCUGGAAUUAUUGGUACCCCAGGUAUUCCUGGACUCCCUGGAACACCUGGAAAUCCUGGAGUUUUUGCUGGAAACUUGUCGGAAAUGAUUGGAAAACCUGGAAAAGAUGGUGCUCCUGGUCUUCAAGGAGAACCUGGUUUACCUGGUGAAAAAGGACCAAGAGGUUUUGAUGGACCAGUUGGACCUUCAGGAGGCAAAGGGGAUAAGGGAGAUUCUGGAGAGCCCGGACCUAGAGGACAAGCUGGUAUCAACGGAGAACCUGGAGCCUCCGGACCUAUUGGUCCACAGGGAAUACAGGGUCUCUCUGGAAAUGAUGGGUCUCUAGGACCUCAGGGUCUACCUGGACCACCAGGUCCUCCUGGAUCAGGUUAUGAUGGACCAAGAAGAGGAGAUACUGGUCUUGUUGAUAUUGAAGGCUCUGGAGGAGAUUGUGGUUGUGAGCCUGGUCUGCCCGGUACACAGGGUCCACAAGGACCAUCAGGAAAACAAGGAGUUCAGGGUUUUGCAGGUAUACCUGGAAUACCUGGUGAGAUUGGAAGACAGGGGCCCAUCGGAGAAUCUGGAAUCAGAGGACCUGCAGGACCAAAGGGUGAUUCUGGUAAAGACGGAAUACAUGGCACUCCUGGAGAAGAAGGAGUCCCCGGAAAACCCGGACUACCAGGCAGACAGGGAGACCCUGGUCUAAAUGGACAGAACGGACCAAAGGGAGACACUGGUGAACCUGGCAAAAGUAUUCAAGGACCCACAGGAGCAACUGGUUCCCCUGGUGUACAGGGACCAGCAGGACCCCCAGGGCCACCCGGUAAAACUAUUAUUGAGACUGAUGGUGGUUCAGGAGAAAUUGAUGGUGGUCUUGGUGUUAGAGGACCAGCCGUAAAGGGAGACAAAGGAGACGAUGGAGCUACUGGACCUGCCGGACCACGAGGUAUUGAUGGUGUCCCAGGUAUUCCAGGGGAGCCUGGCAGCCCUGGUCUCCCAGGAUUACAAGGACUACGAGGAGAAGAGGGUCUGGUUGGACUCAGAGGAUCUGACGGUAAAGAUGGCAAGGAUGGUGAAGCUGGCCCUGAAGGACCGUCUGGACCACCUGGUGUCAAUGGAGAAAGAGGAGAACGUGGAUUACCUGGCCCAAUUGGUACCCUGCCUCCUGGUGUAACUGGUGGUGUAGGUGUAAAGGGAGAGAAGGGAGACACUGGAGAACCAGGACCAAUGGGACCAGAAGGCCCUCAAGGACCAGUUGGACCAAGAGGAUUUAGAGGUCCCAAAGGAGACAUCGGAAUGACUGGACUGCCUGGAUAUAGAGGACUAAGAGGAAGAAAGGGUGACCGUGGACGUCCAGGAUUUAAUGGUCUCCGUGGAUACAAGGGAGAUUCUGGUAGUGUAGGUCCAGCUGGACCACCAGGACUUGGAUUUAGUGGAAGUGGAGAAAUUUUGAAAGGAGCUAAGGGAGAUCUUGGAGAAAGGGGAUUACCUGGAAUACCCGGCUCACCUGGUAUUGGCGCUCAAGGUCCAAGAGGAGACCAAGGAGAACCUGGCAGAAAUGGUUUACCUGGAUUCCAAGGCCCACCAGGUCCGGCUGGAAAAGUUGGAACUGGAGAAGCCAUCAGAGGACCACCAGGACCUCCUGGUCCACCCGGACCCUCAGGUGUAAAUGGAGGAGGAGGAGGUGGAGGGGGUGGUGCAGUGACCUACAGGAAUUAUAAUGAGUUGAUGUCAGUGGCAAGAAACCUUCCAGUCGGAACCAUGUGUUAUCUGAUAGAUGAAGAGACGGUUUAUCUACGUGUCAACAAAGGUUUCCGUGUUAUAGAGACAAAAUUAAUAAAGCUUGGUGAAACAGUGCCAUUGCCUCCCAUAACAACUCCUGUUGCUGGUGUGAGACCCUUGCCAACAGAAGAAGCAUCUAAUAUCAUAGUUCUGCCAGAAGGUGAAAUGCAGAGUGACCAGCCAAGAUUAUAUAUUUUCGCCCUGAACGCUCCUUUAUCUGGAAGGAUGGGAGGUAUACGGGGUGCAGAUGCCAAAUGUUACAAACAGGCCAAGAAUGCAGGAAAGAAAGGAACCUAUCGUGCUUUCUUAUCAACAAAAACACAAGACUUGACGUCUAUUGUAUACUACGAUAUUGACAAGUCUGUACCGAUCGUCAAUAUGAAGGAUCAAAUAUUAUUUAACUCCUGGAAACAACUUUUGAAUGGACAUGGUGGAUAUUUCAACACACAGAGACAUAUUUACUCCUUUGAUGGAGAAGAUAUUAUGACAAGUCCUAGAUGGCCACAGAAAAUAGUAUGGCAUGGAUCCACUUCUAAUGGCGACAAAGUAGAUGACAUGACCUGUAACCACUGGCACACAAGUAGUCCAAGGUCAAUGGGAUAUGCCAGUUCAUUGUUGGAUGGCAAACUGGUCGAUAUGAAGGAAUACAGCUGUUCAAAUAGAUUUAUUGUUUUAUGUGUAGAAAAUACUAGCCGACCAAUGAAGUAAAUGUUGCCAUAGAGACAAGAAUAGUUUGAAAGUUGUGACCUUUGGAGAGGUUAUUAAAUAGGACAUCUGUGAUAUUGGUGCCAGUUAAGAGUUUUUGUUUUGUAUUUUUUAAUUAAAUCCAAUGUAAAGAAAAAGGUGAUCCCUCUGAAUAAUUAUAAGGGACCAUUUUAGACAGAUUGUUUUUUAUAACCUGAACUAUUGAAUUGGCAAUUAUUCCUGUUAUGGAACUUUUUAUUGAAGAACUUUUUAUUUAUUUAUUUUUUUAUCUAAAUAUUUCAAAUUUUUACAAUUUUUCUAAAGUAUAUAAAGCUUUCCAAUAUAAAUAGAUGGUAAAAUCUAAGAUUUAUUUUUAAAAUAUGAUAAUACACUAUAAAUGUGUAAAAAGAUUAAUUAUAUUCAUUAUCUGGAGUUGUUAAAGAUUAUGUACUGUUUGGAUAUUUUUAGAGAAAAUGUUACAUUUAUUAUAAAAUUUGAUUCAUUUUUUUGCAUCUCUUUGUGAAAUUUAAUAAAUUUAAUUGAUUGAAUCAUGUUUUAUUUUUUACCACCAAUUUAAAAGAUAUAUUAACAGUGUUGCUUUAAUUAAUAUAUAGUGCUAAUUCAAUGUAUAAAGUUCAACCUUCACAUCAAAUGUGAAUUUUCAUCAUGCGUAUGAGUUUGUUAGGGCUCAUUGAAAAAAAGUGGUUUAAAGAAAGAUACAGUGCAUCCAGAUUUUUCAACACAAAGAGAGUUUUUGUUUGAAGCCAUUCAAAAUUAAAAAAGAAAAAGUGAGAUAUUUAUUUGAUAUGAAGAUAUUUCCUUCAUCCGAACGUAAAAUUCAUUUGAUUUAAUUUUGACACACAAGAUAUAAAGAAUUUGAUUAUUUCCAUGGGUGCAAGCAAUUUUUUGGGGGAUGUAAGGAGCCCUUCAACAAACUCAUAGCCAAUCAUUAUUUAGCUUUUUGAAUUACCACAUAACAGUAUUCUUUUGUUUUAUUAUAGUCAUAAAUGAUUUGAAAAAUCAACUGUAGAUUUUUGUUUUAAACAGGUCUGGACUCAUCCAAACGAAGCAUUGAAAAUGUAUUCUCUAAUCAGUAAAUGUGCAGAUUUAUCAUUCUGUGUAUAAGCCUCCUGUAAGUAGGAGUACAUCCAUAUAGAGUCAGCCAAUUAAAAGUAAAAUAUCUCUGUACUUCUAAAUCUUCCAAAUCUUAAGACUUUCCCACUGUUAUAUUUUAAUUAAUCCUGUUUCUGCUAUAUUUGAAAUACUACCAGACCUGUUUAAUAAUGUGUAUGUGUCUGCAAGAAAUGCUUGGUGUUUAUUCAUGUAUGCAAAUGUGCCUUAAUGUUUAUUCAUAUAUGCAAAUUACUUGAGUAAAAAAAAAAUGAUAUUUUUAUUACUAUUAUUAUGUAGAUUUAUAUAUAUUAGUAUACACAAGUAUAAAAUGUACAAUAUUUUCAUGAAUACUUUUACAAAUAUGCAAAUGAUCAAAUUUUUCCUCAUUGAUGUAAUAAAUUGCCUUUAAACAAGGGAUUGGGUUAUGGUUUAGAUGCUUGACACUUAAGA